AUGUCAACGCCCUUGUUUUUGCUCUCUUUCCUUUGCAUCGUAUCCUCCGCAUUGGCGCAAGAACAACUGCAUGACACACCAACUUCCCGGUGGUCUGUAGGGGCCUGGGUGGGCUUGGCUGUCGGCCUCACCGCCCUCUGCGUCCUUCUGGCAAUUGUCAUUGCACGCAUAGACUACUACAUGUGCUUCAGCCGUCCUGAACCGCCCAGCCUGUCGUACACCUCGGAUCCCUGGAGGCCACCCAGCGCGACACCCGCGUUCCUCCCGGGCCUCGUGAUCCCAAGCCAUGGCUCGAGCGCGAGCAGCGAAGUGCCGCCCGCCUAUCUAGAGUCUGGGUAUCGCGCGACGGAGCCGCGGAGGGGGCUCAAUUACGAUUAUUACCAUCCCCCGCCCGGGUUGGAUGAUACCACGCCUCGUCGCGCUUCGGGGAAGGGUUUCCCGUUGUAUGAGAUGCGCGUCUAUACCGGCAAGGAAGGUUGGGAGCAGCUUGCUGACGGUCUUCCUGUCCCAGUGCAGGCGUAUUUGAAGAUAUCGUCCCUGUUGGUUGCCCCGAGGGCCCCGAACCGGGGCACCAUGGAGGACAGUGAAACAGGCGCCAUGGAUGUUCACUGA